AUGUCUGGAGCACUUGUCUCGCUGGUCGGCAAGAGAGUACUGGCCGAGUCGGCAAAGAACCAUUUUGGAACAGAGGACCCCUACUUUGAGGAAGUCCCCGCUUCGCGGUUGAACCGCGCGUUCGGCAAAAAGAAGCAGAAGCGAGCAAAGGCCAUUCCGCCCGGUCUCUCUGAGAAUGACCAGAAAGUCCUCACCAAGGUGAAGCGACGUGCGUACAGACUGGACUACUGUCUGUUCAACCUGUGCGGUAUACGAUUUGGUUGGGGGAGUGUCAUUGCUUUAAUCCCUUUUGCUGGCGAUGUCGCCGAUACCGCUUUGGCCAUGAUGGUCGUAAAGAGCUGCGAAGGCAUCGACGGUGGGCUUCCGUCGCGUCUUCGAAUGAUGAUGCUCGUGAAUGUCAUCAUCGACUUCCUGAUCGGCCUGGUUCCGUUUGUCGGAGAUGUCGCAGACGCCAUAUACAAAUGCAACACCCGGAACGCGAUCGCCUUGGAAAAGCACUUGCGAGAGAAGGGAGCCAAGUCGAUUGCCAAACGACAACGGCGGCAAGGCGAGGAAGUCGAUCCAAGUCUGCCGGAUGAAUGGGAUAGGCAUCAUGCAAACACCUCGGACGACCCGCCUAGCUAUGAUCAAGCACAGGGCGCAGAUGUUUCCAGACCGGCCCCAGCGAGACAGCCAUCAAGGGGUCAACCACAGCGAGGUUGGUUCGGGGGUUCCACUCAUCGCGAAGAGGAUGUGGAAACUGGAAUCGCUGACAACGCCAGGAAAACCAGGCGAUGA